UUCAAGACGUUAAAAAUACGGAAGUUAGUUCUCUCCCAACGAUACAGUUUCUUACUUUAUAUCGACAUUUUGUUUUACUAAUACAUGCCUUUGUUAUUAAUAUUUUACAUUUUUUGACAAGGAUACAAAAUACACGGCAUUUUUUUUGAAGUUCUAUAAGUGUUUGUUUUCAAGAGUUAAGAGACUUUACGCGGAGGGAUCUCACUGGCUCUCGUUAGGAGCGAGAUUUGAAUUGCUCUCGGAUUUUAUCGUUUGUAUUCUUAACCUCAAACAUCUAUUGAGAUGUUUUUUAUUUUUCUAUAACACAGUUAGCAAUACAUGUGUUUUCCAUUUUUGUAUUGUUAUAAAUACACGCAGGAGACAUCACUAUUAUUUGCCAGAUGGCUACCCUAGAAAAUAGUACUGAUGGAGAUCAGGAGAACAUGUUGACCCCCUCAAAAGGGUACUCUCGUCCAGUUUUAAAUGACACCACCGCCCCCAUGAUAUUCUGCAACCUCACGCCGUGUCAGUUUGGCAUCUCUGUCAAGAGCUUUACUCCAGUGUCAUCAUUACCAAACCACAAAGAUAAGUCUCGUCUGGCACAAUUGAAGGCUAGGCGGAGGUCCUCCGUUGGUGUCCGAGGCUCCCCAGAGACCAACUCCCUGAUACGCUUCAUGGCACAGCACAGGAUGAGGACUCCGCCACCGCCAGGCUCCAGAACUCCAGAGCACGUCAUGAGUGGGCCUUUACUUCCCCAAAUAAACACCACGCUGAGGCAGAAGAUGGCCAGUUUCCGGAGCCUGAUGGAUGUGGAGGAGAGUGUGAUCUGUGAUCCCGUGCCAAAGCAGGACAGCAACACUGGAGGAUGCAUCAAGACAAGAGAUUAUCUGUCUGAUGGGAACAGCCCUUCUGAAGGGAAGGAGAACCUCCCCCCAAAGAUGCCACCCAGCAAGAGGAAGCGCCUGGGCUGCAAGAUGGAGUUUAGAGAGGCUCCUACCCCCCCCUUCAGUUUGAAGGAGCAGGAGGAGAAGGAAGAAACGGGGACGCUGACAUCCAGUGAAACUGGGCACGAGGCCCACGCUGUGCUUAUAUCCCAAAACCUUCACGAUGACUUUGAGAUCCUCGCCGGUUCCCAUGCUAACAAGCAACAGGAUAGGGUAUUUGAUCUCCGAAGCCCCGGUCAGGCACCACCUGGUGAAGCUUCUGCCGCUUCUCCAUCCCUGGCUUUCUCCCACUUCUCCCUCCCCUCUCUGCAGGAGGUGAAGCCCCCAGGAGAGGAUGCGGUUAACACGAAGAAGAGUGUGCGAUUUGGUUGUCGGCUCUCUCCUGAGUUUUUUGACAAGGCGCUGCCCCCCAGCACCCCACUAAAGAAGGGGUCCACCCCAGCCCGAGCCCCCACACCUCGGUGGAGCCUACACCCGCGCUCGGUGUUGAAAACCCCGCAGAGAAUUGAAUCCCAAACUCAACGGGACCUCAGCAGCCCCACAGAUUUUGGAGCCUCGCCGACAUUCGCCAACCGCAGAGUGCCGUCGGUGAGAGAGGACCCUCAGGAGGAGGAGGGAGGAAAG